GUUAUGAUUCUUUAAGUAGUGAAAUUUGCUAUUAAUAUAUUUUCAAUUACAUGUUUGUAGGUGACGAUUCUUGUUCUCAAUUCCCAAACCCAUCCUCUAAGUGUUCAUUGAGAUGGUGGUUCGACACGGUGAAGGGUGGAUUAGAGAAGCAUGAUACUCGGCUAAGCCUAUUCAAGCAAUCUCCAUUUUCCUUCUUAUUGCACCUCUCAUCCUUUCGAUUUAUAGGGGCUCUAUUUCACCUUCUUCUUGUAAGAUAUAAAGGGGAUCUUAUAUUUGAGAUACGGGGGACACGGUUGCAAUUCACGGAGAUGGACUUCGCCCUCAUAACAGGGCUUAAGACUGGGGAGCUUACAAUACCAGAAAAGCGUCCCAUCAGUAGUACAUUAAUGGACAAAUACUUCAGAGAAUAUCCAGUUAUUAAGAAGCAUUUAUUAGAUGUGUUUAAUAAAUUAGUUGAUACCAAUAAGCACGAGGAUGUAGUGAAGGUUGCUCUACUUAUGUGUGUAGAGUAUUUUGUUAGGGGAACCGAAUCGAAAACUAUGUGUAACAUGGAUUAUAUGUACCUAGUAGACUCCAUAGAGGAUUUCUAUAGCUAUCCUUGGGGUAGUUUGGCCUACAAUACAAUGUCGCAAGGGGUCGCAGCUGCUGUGAUGGCAUCAGGUGCGGUUCGCUACAAUGUAUAUGGUUGUGUCUUUCCUCUGCAGAUAUGGGCUGUAGAGAGAUUACCGGCCCUACAAGAGUGUGUUAUUUCAUUUGUUCCCUCGCAAAUUCCACGCUUCAUUCAAUAUCGAGGUUGGAAGGGUUGGAGGUACAACAAAAUAUAUGCAAUUUUUGAGAGUGAAGCUACUAUCUUAAUAAAGAACUUGGAACCCACCCUACGAGAAUGGGAAAUGGACGCCGUUCGCUUGCUCCGUGAUAGUUUUCAGGUCAUCGAAACUCAGGAAUUAAGCGAUGAGGGUAACGAGAAUGAUGACGAGGGGUUGGGAUAG